AUCACGGUUUGAGACAGUUCAAGACAUAUAAGAGGACAACAUGGGCAUUCCCGUAAAUAUCUUGUUGAGUCGGACGAGAGAAUCUCAACCGUUGAUGUGAUACCAAACUUCAUUCGAUUGCCCACGUCCACAGGAUGUCUGAUGUCUCAAUGAGAUUUUCGUGAGAUCAUGACUAGAGCAAACAAAUUAGAAAAUUGAAAAUUUUUAUGAUACACAAUACAGAAACUACUCCUCGAACAUGCAUGGAUUUGUUCUUCCUCUAACAGCGCACACUCCUCAUCGUUUAUUUCAUCUUUCUUCGAGAUCCCUUCAACCUUGUCCUCUCUGCCUGCAGAACUCAGCGCAGCUAUCAAUAUCCAUUUGCAGAAUUAGCUAUGGAAGUCGUUUCAACCGUCUUGUGUUCUACCAGCAUGCUUUCCCGCGAAGUUGCAGGAACAUAAAUAGGAAGACGAACAGAAAUAGCAGUACCCUUUUGAAGGCGAGUCGCAGAGAGUCUCCGUAUGAGGUUCUAGGGGUUUCUCCCUCGGCAAGUCCUGACGAAAUCAAGAGGGCUUACAGGAAACUUGCUUUGAAGUAUCAUCCUGAUGUCAACAAAGAGGCGAAUGCACAGGAGAAAUUUAUGAGAAUAAAGCGUGCUUACAAUACUUUGCUGAACUCUGCAUCUCAGAAGAAAUAUGACGCUGGACGAUGGACGUCAGAUUAUUCAUACCCUAGUGCUGAAGGGAGCCAAAGAAGGAAUACCCAGGACGAAGAAUUCUAUGGAUUGGGUGAAUUUUUGAGGGAUGUUCAAAUUACACUAGAGGACUUCUUUAGAGAUCUUGGAGAAGAAUUUCGGAAUUGGGAGGCAACUGCUACUUCACAAGGGAAGCCAAAAAGCUUGUGGGAGGAGUUGGCGGAAAUUGGGGAAGAGUUUGUGGAAUUUUUAGAGAAAGAGCUCAAUGUCAGUGAACCAGAGGUUGAUGCAGAAAACAAAGAUGAAGAGGCUCAAAACAGCAAUUCAUUUAGACGCUCUGAGACUGGGAAUACAGGAAGUGGUAGUAGAAAUGAAUCUGGCAAGGGGGACAGAAUUGAAAAGAACAUUGAUGAGAUUGAAGCUACUCUUGCUCAGUUGAAAAAAGAACUGGGCCUAUAGGGGGACAAUGCUGUGUUUUAUCAAAGGAGAAGGCUGAGUUUCUUCUUUCUUAAGAUGAGCAGAAAUGUUGCUGAAAUAAUGGAAUUUUGGCUUACACCCCAAGCUUAUUUUACUUUGAUUAAGGCCUCAAUCAUAGACCACACCAGAAAAGAGUCCUGAAUAGACUCUGCCCUGUACAGGAACUGUAAUUCUUUUGUUGUAUCAUUUUCACUGUUUAGAGACUCUUCAAGUUGGCUUCAGCUCUGAACAAUGUUAAAAACCAUGAAUAGGAGGCAAUGCAAAUGGUGGGCUUGUAUAUUUUUAGCCCCUUCA